AUGCAGCGCCGCGAGGACCCCGCCGCCCGGCUGGGCAGAGCCCCGGGCCCCGCCGCCAGGCCAGGGGCGCCGGGGCCCCGGCGGCCGCCCCGCGGGGGAGCCCGGGGGGCCGGGGCCCAGCCGCCGCCGCUCCUCCCGCCCGCCGCGACCGCCGCCGCCUCCCAGACCCCCACCGCCGCCCCCACCCCGCUCCUGCCCGGGGCCACCGUCAAGAUGGAGCCCGAGAACAAGUACCUGCCUGAGCUCAUGGCCGAGAAGGACAGUCUGGACCCGUCCUUCACCCACGCCAUGCAGCUGCUGACGGCAGACACCGGCUGGGGCGCCCGGUCCUUCCCCCUCCCGCUGGCAUGGGGCAACGGGGCUGGGAGCGGGCGAGGGGACCCGCCCUUCCCCGAGGCCGCGAUGGGCGGAGGAGCGGGGCGGCUGCGGGACGAGGGCCGCGGCGUCUCCGUCCCGGCCGGCCCCGCUCUUUGUUCGACGCUCAGCGCGGCUCUCCCGGCUGCGCCCCGAGCGCGGAAGGUGCCCCCGGGGGGUCGGAUCCCCGUGGAGCAGGGAAGCCCGGGGACUGGCUGCCAUGAGGUUGUCCUGCCGGACGCUUCUCUCCCUUCGGGCCCUUCUCCUUCUCGCAACCGAUUGGUCUUCGUGCCGGGAGGUGGGGCAGAGGCCCGGGAGUGGCUCUGCUGCCUGGAGCAAAAUGGAAGAGUUUCCUUUUUGUCAUUGCAGAACUUUCAUCUCAUUGACUUCAACGUGCUGACAGUGACGACAAUCGUCUUAGCGCGCAGGCUGAUUGGUGCCAUUGUGAAGGAGGCUUCACAAAGCGGGAAAGUCUCACUGCCACGCUCCAUUUUCCUUGUGAUUACUCGGUUUGCGGUCCUCACUGGGACAGGCUGGAGCCUGUGCCGGUCAAUAAUUCACCUUUUCAGAACCUACUCGUUCCUCAAUCUCUUGUUCCUGUGUUACCCGUUCGGUAUGUACAUUCCUUUUCUCCAGUUGAACUGUGACUUUCGGAAGACGGCCCUCUUCUCCCAAGUGGCUAACAUUGGCCCCCGAGAGACAGGGGACGUGAACUCCAGGGGUAAAGACUAUCUAACAGUUUUAAAGGAGACCUGGAAGCAGCAUACCAGGCAAAUGUAUGGCAUGGAAGCCAUGCCCACCCAUGCGUGCUGCCUCUCUCCAGACCUGAUCCGCAAUGAGGUGGAGUAUUUGAAGAUGGACUUUAACUGGAGGAUGAAAGAGGUGCUGGUGAGCUCCAUGCUCAGUGCCUAUUAUGUGGCCUUUGUGCCUGUCUGGUUUGUGAAGAACACUCAGUACUAUGACAAACGGUGGUCAUGUGAGCUGUUCCUGCUGGUGUCCAUCAGUACGUCUGUGAUUCUGAUGCAGCAUCUCUUGCCUGCCCGCUACUGCGAUCUCCUCCACAAAGCUGCAGCACACCUGGGCUGCUGGCAGAAGGUCGAUCCUGCCCUAUGCUCCAAUGUGCUACAGCAUCAGUGGACGGAAGAAUGCAUGUGGCCACAGGGGGUGCUGGUGAAACACAGCAAGAACGUGUACAAAGCUGUGGGCCAUUACAAUGUGGCUGUGCCAUCUGACGUCUCUCACUUCCGCUUUCAUUUCUUUUUCAGCAAACCGCUGAGGAUCUUGAACAUUUUAAUUCUGCUGGAAGGAGCUGUCAUCUUCUACCAGCUCUACUCACUGAUCUCGUCAGAGAAGUGGCACCAGACCAUCUCGCUGGCUCUUAUCCUCUUCAGCAAUUAUUACGCCUUCUUUAAGCUGCUGCGUGACCGGCUGGUACUGGGAAAAGCUUACUCGUACUCUGCCAGCAGAGACUCAGAGCAGAAGUUCAAUUAAAUCGCAUUGCUGCUCAGCUUGUAUUACAAAAAAAAACCUUAAAAAACAAACAAAAAAAAAACCACAAACAACCUCAGAGCUUUGUAUUUUUGUUACCACUGCUUUUUUCUUUGAUAACUGAUGUAAUUAAAAGGAAAAAACAUAUUUUUGUACUCCCAA